CCACACACACACUCUCAGCUCAGCACUAGAGGCACAGGAGCCCUAAUUUGUGCCACAAGCCGACAGGUAGGGAACUGGUUCAGGUUCAGUGGGACGGUCUCUCCGUUGCUAUUCUGUCCUUGUUUCCCUUCUGCGGAAUGAAUGCACCAAGCCUUGGGUGGAUUUGUAUUUUCUCUGGGUGCUAAAGCAGCACUGCACCACUAACUCCCAUGCCUAUGGAGCUGGCUUCUCUCUAAAGCAAACGUCCAAGGGCAUCAGCCUCCUUAACAUAAUAGCCCACAUCUGCUUCUUGGCUCCCACCGGGGGAACAAGACCUUUUCAGCUUGGAAUCCGACUGCUUGGAUAUCUCAGCCUUAGAGAGUGCAGGGAGUAAUGCUGCAGUGCUGAGAUGAUGAAGAGGACGAUGCCUGUCACCCAGCGAGGAAAUUAAAGGUCUCGGCCGAUCCUACUAGAAUAAACUGUUGAAUGCAGUCAAAAUGUGCAGCAGCCUCUGCCUCCCAAUGAAAUGUGUUAUGUGGAACAUGGAGCGGCUGGUGAGGAUGAUGAAGAUGGGCUCACGCUAAUGCAGUUGAUAUUUGAUCAAGCAGCUCUGCAGUCUUCUUGAUUUUAACCCCUUGGACUCCCUUGGCUGUGGGCUGCCUCAACCCAGAGACACUGAUAAGCUAUUAAAGCUUAAACCCAGACAGGUCUUUAGUAAGGUGCAAAAAAUGCCAUCCAUUCUGGUGGCCUCCAAGAUGAAGUCGGGGCUACCCAAACCCAUCCACAGCGCCGCUCCUAUGCUGCAUGUCCCAGCCAGGACAAUACCUCAACCCUGCUACAUUAAAUUGGGGAACAAGGCGGAGGUUUCCAAGCAUGCGUUCCCCAGCCAGGUCCCACUGAAACCCCAGCCAGCCAUUGACUCCUCGGGGGACGGACAUCUGAUUAAGAAGAGUGAUUCCACGGAAGGCGGGUUUGAUACCCAGAUCUACACCGACUGGGCAAACCAUUACCUGGCAAAAUCGGGGCACAAGCGGCUCAUUAAGGAUCUGCAGCAAGAUGUGACGGAUGGCGUGUUGCUGGCGGAGAUUAUUCAGGUUGUGGCCAACGAGAAGAUUGAAGAUAUCAAUGGCUGCCCCAAGAACAGAUCCCAAAUGAUUGAGAAUAUAGAUGCGUGCCUGAGUUUCCUGGCAGCGAAAGGAAUAAACAUACAAGGAUUAUCAUCGGAGGAGAUCAGGAAUGGGAAUUUGAAGGCCAUUUUAGGCCUGUUCUUCAGCCUCUCACGCUACAAACAGCAGCAGUCUCAGAAGCAGCCCCAGCAAUACCAGCAGCAGCCGCCUCCAGCACCCCAAAAUACGGGGCCCCAACUGCAGUGCCAGCAACUCUACCAACCCACCAACACACCUCAUGCACAGUCCUACCCAACAGUCCCAGUACAGUGCCAACAACCACAGCAACCUCCCCAUUCACAGACAAAAGCACAAGCAGAUAUGCACUCCAGCUCAUCUUCCAAAGAGCCAUCUGACAUCAAAUUCCUCAGGUUUUCUCUGGGGCAGCGAAAGCAAUCGCGACUCCCUGCCCCAAGCUCAAGGGGGCCGGCAGCCGGCAGUGAGAACAAAUCCCGAGGGCAGAUUGGUGGUGGCAGCAGGCGUAGUCAGAGCUUUAACAACCAUGAAAAGGCAAAGCUGCUGAAUCCCCCGGCAACUGUAAAUGAUAAAGGAGCAACAGAAAACAUUGUCUCACAACAAUCAGGAAUGAGUGAGAAUGGCUUCUCUGCUCUGUGCAACCCCACUGUGGUUACCUGCCCCAACUCCUCCUCCAUCCCCCAGCCCAACUGCACCAAUAAGCCCUGGCGGAGUAAAUCUCUCAGCGCUAAGCACACAGCGACGUCUUCCAUAUUGUCCGUGAAACAGGCGGUGCCAGAGAGUCCAAAAGAACCGACAGAACCUCCCAAGCCAGCCCCCAAUAACCAGAAAUCCAUGCUGGAGAAACUCAAGCUCUUCAAUAGCAAAGGUGUCUCCAAAACUGCUGGAAGCUCCCUAGAAGGGUGCCGGGACACCAGCUGUGAGAGGUUGGACUCCAUCCCCAGCUUCGAGGAGGCAGAAGAGACUGAUGUUUCCACACGGAACAGCAACAACACAAACCUGGUGUCCAACAGCCCCAAAAUAGCACUGAAGGGCAUUGCUCAGAGGACACUGGGCCGGGCACUGACUAACAAGAAGAACUCCCCAAAAGGUGCAGAGAAAGAGAAGGAGAAACAAAAAGAGAAGGAGAAAACAAAAGAAGCUUCCAAACGGGUGUCGGUGACUGAGAAGCUGGAGGCAAAGGAAGAGCCUAAAGAUGAACAAAUGGUGGGUGCCGUGGAACUGCCAAAAAAGUCCUCCAAGAUCUCCAGCUUUAUCCCCAAAGGCAGUAAACUGGGCAACGCCAAGAAAGAGGUCUCUGUCCCGCCACCUCAUAGUGGCAUACCUAAACCAGGGAUCAAAAACACCCCAGGGAAAGCCUCAAGUGCCCCCCCAGCAAAAGAAGGAGAGCGGAGCCGCAAGACUGGGACAGGACUCUCUCUGCAGAAAGCCCAGUUGGACAACCGGAACUCUAGCUCCACAUCCAGCUUGGCCUCCUCGGAAGGGAAAGGGGUGGGAACUGCUGGGGGCCCUCUGCAGUCUACAGGCACUGUCAGUGUUCAGCUACCUCAGCCUCAGCAACAAUACACCCACCCCAACACUGCAACUGUUGCCCCUUUCAUGUACAGGUCUCAGGCAGAUCCUGAUGGGGGCGUCUCAGUGGAGACCAGUUCGGGAGGAUUAAGUAUGGACUCCCCGCUCUACAAUAAAACAGGGCAGCCAAGUUUGGAAGAUCUUUCUGGGGAAGAUCCUGAAACACGAAGGCUACGAACGGUGAAGAACAUUGCGGAUCUCCGACAGAAUUUGGAGGAAACAAUGUCCAGUCUACGAGGGACCCAGAUCACUCACAGCACCUUGGAAACCACAUUUGACAGCAAUGUAACUACUGAAAUCAGCGGGCGUGGAAUGCUUGGUUUAUCGGCCAGGCCGACCCCUCUCUCUUGGAGACUUGGACAGUCCAGCCCCCGUCUGCAGGCAGGCGACGCACCAUCCUUGGGCAAUGGAUACCCACCGAGAGCCAAUGCCAGUCGCUUUAUUAACUGUGAGCCUGGCAGGUACAUGUAUUCGGCACCACUCAGGAAGCAACUGGCAUCAAGGGGAGGGAACAUUGGCCACGUGGAUGCCUCGGAGAAAGGGGGAGAUGUGCUGGAUGUUGAGGGGAUCAGCAUUGACGCUGCUGGUUACAUGAGCGAUGGGGACGUCCUGAGCAAAAACAUCAGAAGUGACGAGAUCACCAGCGGGUAUAUGACGGAUGGAGGCCUGGGGCUUUAUACUCGAAGACUGAAUCGGCUUCCAGACGGUAUGGCGGCGGUACGGGAAACAUUGCAGCGUAAUGCCUCCGUGGGCCAUGGGGAUGCAGACAGUUGGGACGACAGCAGUUCUGUGAGCAGUGGGAUCAGCGAUACCAUCGACAAUCUCAGCACAGACGAUAUAAACACCAGCUCUUCCAUCAGCUCCUACGCCAACACACCUGCGUCCUCGCGCAAAAACCUGGACACACAGACUGAUAUAGAGAAACACUUGCACAUUGACCGGAAUUCUCUGUGGUCUGGGGAUGAAGUGAAAAGGUCAGACGGGGGCUCAGACAGUGGUGUGAAAAUGGAUUCUGGGAGCAAAUGGAGGAAGAACCCUUCGGACCUAUCAGAUGAGUCAGAUAAAAGCACCCCGGGAAGGAAGACAACAGUCAUCUCACAGACAGGAUCAUGGAGAAGGGGGAUGACAGCUCAGGUUGGAAUCACUGCCCCGAGGACCAAGCCCUCAGCAGCUACUCUAAAAGCCCCCGGGACAGGGAAAACGGAUGAUGCAAAAGUGUCAGAAAAAGGAAGACUUUCCCCAAAAUCCGCACACAUCAAACGCUCUCCGUCGGACGCAGGACGCAGCAGUGGGGAUGAAGCCAAGAAGCCUCCUUCUAAUACCUCUAGGGCAACACCUACCAAUACGUUUGGUUUUAAGAAGCAGGGUGGGACAGUGGUGGGUAUCCCUAUUUGUACAGCCAGUGGUGCCACCAUCACCAGCGGCUCCGCAACCCUCGGCAAAAUGCCCAAAUCUACGGGGCUGAUCGGCAGGUCCAACCGCAAGGCAAGCAUGGAUGGUGCCCAGAACCAGGACGAUGGGUACCUACAAAUAAACACCAGAACCAACCUGCAGUACCGCAGCCUACCCAGGCCCAGCAAAUCACGGAGUGGAACCGGUAACCGGUCCAGUACCAGCAGCAUUGACUCCAACAUCAGCAGUAAGUCGGCCGGGCUGCCCAUCCCAAAGCUGAGAGAACCCGGCAAGGUAACGCUUGGCCACUCUGUGUUGGGACUAGUCAACCAAACGGACAAAGAGAAAGGGAUUUCCUCUGAUAACGAGAGCGUGGCCUCCUGCAACUCCAUCAAAAUGACCCCUGCAUCCCAAGCACCAUGCAACAGCAGCCGCCAGCAACAGGGCAACAAGUACCCCGACGUGUCCUCCCCUACACUGCGCAGGCUUUUUGGUGGGAAGCCAAACAAAUCUCUUACCACUGAAAAUAUGAAGAGCUCAAUGGUCAUUUCCAACCCUCAUGCCACAAUGAACUCUCAGACGAACCCAGACUCUCCCUCGGGGAGCGCAAUUCUGAACAGCGGUGGCAGCAGCCCACUGUAUGUCAAGACGAUGGACCAUUCCCCUCUAGCCUCCAGCCCAGGAUCCGCCCACUCAGCACCUUCCAACAGCCUGACCUGGGGGACGACAGCCAGCAGCUCCUCGGCUGUCAGUAAGGAAGGCCUGGGAUACCAGUCUGUCAGCAGCCUCCAUACCAGCUGUGAAUCUAUCGACAUCUCACUCAGCAGCAAUAAUUCCCCCAGUGCACUGACUGCUUCCUCCAGGGAUGACACAAUGACUCCCUUUGUAAGGACCAACAGCAUUAAGACUACUUUGUCUGAAAGCCCUCUCUCCUCUCCUGGUGCUAGCCCCAAAUUCAGCAGAAACACUUUGCCCCGGAAGCAGGACAGUUCUUAUCUCCUUUCUCAACGUUGCCGCAGCGACCUCUACCUUGAUAGGAACACUUUGCCAAAAAAAGGACUCAGGUGUGCCCCUUCCUCUCAGAUCCGAAGCCAGGAUGAUGCCAAAGAAUGGCUGAGAUCUCAUUCCUCUGGGGGGUUGCAAGAUACUGCGAGUAACUCUCCCUUUUCCCCCGGCUCCAGCAUCACGUCGCCUUCUGGCACCCGCUUCAACUUCUCACAGCUCGCAAGUCCAACAACGACCUCCCAGAUGUGCUUGUCCAAUCAGUCCAUGUUGCGCACGCACAGCCUCUCCAACACCGACGGCCCUGGGGACCCCUAUGGCGAAAGUCGCUUCCGCAACAGCUCCAUGUCGCUGGAUGAAAAGACCAGAACCAUGAGUCGCUCUGGAUCCUUCCGGGAUGGCUUUGAGGAAGUGCAUGGAUCCUCCUUGUCUCUUGUUUCCAGCACUUCCUCCGUGUACUCAACUCCUGAAGAGAAGUGCCAUUCAGAGAUCCGCAAGUUAAGGAGAGAGCUGGAUUCCUCCCAGGAGAAGGUGUCUGCCCUCACUACCCAGCUUAGUGCCAAUGCUCACCUGGUUGCAGCUUUCGAGCAGAGCCUGAGCAACAUGACUAUCCGGCUGCAGAGCCUGACCAUGUCUGCAGAGCAGAAGGAUUCAGAGCUGAACGAGUUAAGGAAAACCAUCGACCUCUUAAAGAAACAGAACGCUGCGGCCCAGGCUGCUAUUAACGGAGUAAUCAACACCCCAGAGCUGGACUGUAAAGCAGGAAAUGGGACCUCACAGGCCCCCGACCUGCGCAUCCGCCGGCAACACUCCUCUGACAGCGUCUCCAGCAUCAACAGCACCACAAGCCACUCCAGUGUGGGCAGCAACGUGGACAGUGAUUCGAAGAACAAGAAAAGGAAAAACUGGGUGAAUGAGCUGCGCAGCUCCUUCAAACAAGCCUUCGGCAAGAAGAAGUCCCCCAAAUCCGCUUCUUCUCAUUCCGAUAUCGAGGAGAUGACUGACUACUCCCUCCCUUCAUCACCAAAGUUGCCCCACAAUGGCUCUGCCAUGUCCACCCCUCGCCUGAGAGGCUCGCACUCCAGCUCUCUGAUUUCUGAGUUCACGGAGAACGAGGCAGAGAGUGUCAUGCAGCUACGGAAUGAGCUGAGGGACAAAGAGAUGAAACUGACAGACAUCCGCCUGGAGGCCCUGAGCUCCGCCCACCAACUGGACCAACUACGAGAGUCCAUGAACCGCAUGCAGUCGGAGAUUGAGAAGCUGAAAGCAGAGAAUGACAGUUUGAAGGCAGAAAAUCACGGCAAGUGUAGCAGGACCCAAUCCCAGAUCUCCUUGUCCUCCUGCUCCCCGAGACAAUCCAUGGGGCCCUCUCAGCACAGCCUCAGCCUGACCGAGUCCUCCAGCCUUGACAUGCUGCUAGAUGAUGCUGCCGAUGGCACCAUGCGAAAGGAAAGCCGCCAUGUUCGGAUCGUCGUUAACCUCUCCGAGGAAAUGAAGUGGCGAGAGGAUGCCAGACCUCGGCUUUUCCUGAUUGGCUGCAUCGGCGUUGGCGGUAAAACUAAAUGGGACGUUCUGGACGGGGUGGUAAAGAGACUGUUCAAGGAGUACAUCAUCCACGUUGAUCCAGUUACUCAGCUGGGCCUCAAUUCAGACAGUGUACUAGGCUACAAUAUUGGCGACAUCAAGCGAACCGGUAACUCUGAGACCCCCGAGCUGCUGCCGUGUGGAUAUCUGGUGGGGGAAAACAACACCAUCUGUGUCACUAUGAGAGGCCUCCCUCAGAGCAGUUUGGAUUGCCUGGUGUUUGAGACGCUGAUCCCAAAGCCAAUAUUACAGAGAUACAUCUCACUGUUAAUGGAGCACAGGAGGAUUAUCUUGUCUGGGCCUAGCGGCACAGGCAAAACCUACCUGGCCAAUCGACUUUCAGAGUACCUGGUGCAGUGGGAAGGGCGGGAGCUUUCUGACGGGGUCAUCGCUACCUUUAAUGUAGAUCAUAAAUCUAGCAAGGAGCUGCGCCAGUACCUCUCCCACGUGGCCGAGCAGUGCAGCAACCAGAACAACUCGGCCGACGUACCUCUGGUUAUUAUACUAGACAACCUGCAUCAUGUCAGCUCCCUGGGAGAGAUCUUCAAUGGGCUUCUGAACUGCAAAUAUCAGAAAUGCCCCUAUAUCAUCGGCACCAUGAACCAAGCGACCUCCUCCACCCCCAAUCUGCAGCUGCAUCAUAACUUCAGGUGGGUGCUGUGCGCCAAUCACACCGAGCCCAUCAAGGGCUUCCUCGGCCGCUACCUCAGAAGGAAACUCAUAGAAACAGAGAUCAGCUCCAGAACGAGAAAUCCAGAACUGGUGAAAAUCAUCGACUGGAUCCCGAAGGUUUGGCAACAUCUGAACAAAUUCCUGGAGACGCACAGCUCGUCGGAUGUGACCAUCGGCCCACGACUGUUCCUCUCCUGCCCCAUAGAUGUGGAUGGUUCAAGGGUCUGGUUUACUGAUUUGUGGAAUUAUUCCAUUAUUCCCUACCUCCUAGAGGCUGUCAGAGAAGGACUGCAGCUCUAUGGCAGGAGAGCCCCCUGGGAAGACCCCGCCAGAUGGGUGAUGGACACCUACCCCUGGACGGCCGUACCCCAGCAGCAUGAGUGGCCCCCCUUGCUCCAGCUCAGGCCGGAAGAUGUUGGUUUCGAUGGCUACUCUGCACCCAGAGAGGGAACGUCCAGCAAACAAGCUGCACCCAGUGAUGUAGAAGGUGACCCUUUGAUGAACAUGCUGAUGCGACUGCAGGAGGCGGCCAAUUACUCCAGCCCUCAGAGUUACGACAGCGACUCAAACAGCAACAGCCACCAGGAUGACCUGGACACUUCCCUGGAGUCGACGCUGUGACACCUGCCUUUGGAAUUCCCUUAUGGGCCACCGUCCUUUCUAUUGGGAGGAAUUGGUUCCCGGCCUCAGGGGGGUUGCCAGCUGCCUGAAUAAGACACUUUAUUAUAAGACUUUUUAGACUGACCACGGGCGCUGGACGCCCUGUGAAUAAUCUUUGUUUUUAUUGGACAAGGCAUGAGUAUGUGAGCUGCACUAUUUCUCAUGUCUUGUUGCAAUAGGCCAUCAUGUCUGGAACACUGAAUAUAUUUUACUUGUAUAUUUGAAGAGAAGAGCGGAGUGGGCGGAAUUGUGCGCUAUCAGGACUGGGAUUGGACGAUACAAUGACCUAUGCUGCUUAUAACCAAACACACAGACAUGGGGUGCUGGCCACACCAACUGCACAGAGUAACCUCAGCCGCGGGGAGUGACUCUACUAUGGUGCUCUUCUUUCUUGUAGCGUUAAACGCUGGUGCUGGGGGUGGGGAGCGUCGCACACUUAACACCAUGACAACACGUGUCGCUUCUGUUUUAACAAUAGCGUUGGUUUAUCGAUGACGUUUCCUUUACAUAUUCCAGGGGGGUUUGUUGAGAACAGGGAAAGGCAGCUUCCCCCUCUCCAGGUGUCACAUACAUACAACUCCCCUUAUGCCUCGGGCAGGUGGGGGCUGUAAGAGGGAUACUGGGAUUUGUAGUCUCACCAUGCCUGCUGUAUGAGACCAGCUCCGUCACCCAGGUACAGCGCUUUAUUAUUUCAAUCAAAUAAGACUCGGGGUCAGAAAUUACCACUGCAGCCUUGAGGCUACGGCACAUGGUGGGUUUGGAUCAGAAUUUUAGCAGAACUCUUUUGUUUUCAGGUGCCAAGGUGCAGGGUAAGGGCAUUGGUUUAUGUUAUAAAUUAAGUCACUCGUAGCAGCCAAUCGGCAAGUAACACUCAGUUAUCAGCGCACGUCUGAUUAGUAGCUAGAGUGACUGAUUUGGGCCCAUGUGUUCUAACAUUCCCAUAUUAAAGGCACCGUUUACCCGGACUUAUGUUGGGAACCAGUGCCACCUCAUCCCAAUUGCACUGUGCGUGGCAGUAGCUGUGCCCAUCAUUCCAGCUGCCACACCUGUACCUCAGGUAAGACAUGAGACCCGACAUAAGUGCAAAAAGUUUCAUCUGUUCUGUUUUGGUGCUGCCCUUUAUAAUGAUGCCUUACUUGUUAUUAUUGCUCCGCUGAUCCACGUACCCCUGGGUGGGGGCAGUUCCGUAUGUUCUUGUGAUCUCAGUGGCAUUGCCUCCUUUAUAGGGACCAGUACCCGUAGCCAAGCCGAGUGGAUUAGAGAUUAAAGUUCCUGAAUAUCAGCAUUUAAUGUAAGGUACAUAGUAUAGGGGGCUGUACAGUCCCAUCAGCCAUGUGUGUGGGCCCCCCUGCUAAUAUAUACGUAUAUAUAUGGGUAUCGGGCACCUUUUAUAUUGUGAAAUACCUCAUUGGUGGUGCCCAGCUGCAUUCACUGUAAUGUUCAGUUAUUUUGGCCAGAGCAGAGGAUUCUAUCAUUGGCUGCACAAUCCCCCCCAUUGGGCUGCUAUUGGUGCCAGUAGCAUUAAGAUGUACACAGGUUUCUGUUCAUGUCCGUGGGAUGUCCUAAUUAUGGAAAUAAGUUCAUUGUAACUAUGGGAGCUGCCAUACUGGGUCCUGCAUGGAUCAAAAAUAACUGAUGAUAUUGUCGUGGAUCAAUCUGGCCACACACACGUAUAUGAUGGAUGAGUCUGCGGGACAAUCAGUUAUAUCAGUACAGACAUGUGGCUCCAUUUCCCGGGUCUGUAACAGAACUGCUAUGGCAUGGAGUUAGGGGUACACUCCUAGCUGUUCGCAGAUCAUUCAGCCUCAGAAGAAGGGGAAGAGCUUUGGGAGGUGACUAUUACUCAGAGCUGAAGUGUACGUUACCUCUAUGCAGCCUGGCAAAAGGUCAACGACCUUCAGUUUCUCUGGUUUUACCGGCCCUUUACGAAAAUCGUUAGUGGGGUUAAAACGAAGAGGGUCACACAAGCCCUCGUUAAUAAAAUCCUUAUUUACAUAUAUAGGGGGCUAAGCGUUGGCUUCUUCUACACAACAAACCUCUGACCCCCUCAGUCAUUCUGCUGUUAUUAAGGGGACAGACCCAUUUUGGGAACUGUCGCUACUCAGGCACCUGCUGCCAUAGCAACACAAAUGCAGCCUAACUGCAACGGGUGUUUCAUAGACGUGUGUCUCCCACUUGGUGCAAUCCAUUGUAGUCAGAGACUUGCAGCAUGAGUGAGCUGCUAACUUGGCUUUCGCCUUAUCUUGUCUCCUCACCAGAUUCUAUGCAACACUUGGCUUAUGCUUCACAGAGACCCAAAAUCAGUUCCUUCAGAUUCAGGAUUUUUCAGUUCUGUCCCUCCAGGUGCUUUGGCUGCAUUUCCCAGCAUGCACUGUGGUCAGAUGCUGGGUCGUGUAGUUGUGCAAGAGCUGGGGGAGGGGGUAGUAGGGGAUACAGUAUCUGCGCUCGAGUUGAUUCCCCUUGUUCUGUACAUUUGGGCCCAAGGUCUGCGUAUCGAAUCCCGUCUCUUUCUACUUCCCCUGUGGAUACAAAGUGUCGAUGUUGAGAACCAGCUGUACAUUUCUCUCUGCGUGUGACAUACACUGUAAAUAUCUGAUCAAACUGCUGCCUUUUGAUGAUGUUUUCUAAGCCUUUUUUAACAAAGAAUCAGGAGCCCACACACCACCCAACCCCCUCCUCCUGAUCUUAUUUUCUAUUGGUUUAUUUGGUGCAUGAUCUGCCCAGAUCAUGUCUAGCGCUAAUAAUGAUGAUUGUACUGUCUUAAAUUAUUACCCAGGAAAUAAACUGACCCUUAUUUAUUCAGA